ACUUGUUUGUCCUAAAUUAAGUCAUGUCAGUGUUGGUGGUGGACAGCGACACGGAAUUACAUUUGACCACACAGUAAACACUGCUGACAGACGGCCGAAAUGACUAGUGGGUCAGAAAAACAGAGGUGAUUGCGGUUGAGAAGAAAUGGGGAAAAUAUUGUGUGGAAAUUCUCAAGUGACCCCUGAUCUGUUCCCGGAAACACCCCUGGUGCCGUCCCUGCCCGCAAUAUCAUCGGCACGAGCCGGCCCCGCCCCUCACAAGCCACAGCGGCGCAGCAGCGGGAGUGACAGAGCCGCCAGGCCCCGCCCCUUGCGCUCAGCCCCCAGGCCAGGCCCCGACAGAGGCAGCAUGGAGGUGGGCAUGCGCGUGGUGCGCGGCCUGGACUGGAAGUGGGGAAACCAGGACGAUGGCGAGGGCCACGUGGGGACUGUGGUGGAGAUCGGGCGGCAGGGCAGCACCACCACACCAGACAAGACGGUGGUGGUGCAGUGGGACAGCGGCACACGCACCAACUACCGCACUGGAUACCAGGGUGCCUACGACCUGCUGCUCUAUGACAACGCUCAAAUCGGCGUGCGUCACUCCAACAUCAUCUGUGACAGCUGCAAGAAGCACGGCAUCAUGGGAAUGCGAUGGAAGUGCAAAGUGUGCUUCGACUACGACCUGUGCACCCAGUGUUACAUGAACAACAAGCACGACCUGAGCCACGCGUUCGAGCGCUACGAGACGGCGCACUCCCAACCAGUGAGCUUGGCGCCGAGGCAGAACCUCCCGCGGAUCAUCCUUAAAGGAAUCUUCCAGGGGGUUAAAGUUGUUCGUGGACCUGACUGGGACUGGGGCAACCAAGACGGCGGGGAGGGUAAGGUUGGGAAGGUAGUGGAUAUUCGCGGCUGGGACACAGAGUCUGGUCGCAGCGUGGCCAGUGUCACCUGGUCUAACGGCACCACUAAUGUCUACCGAAUGGGCCACAAGGGCAAGGUAGACCUCAAGUACGUGUCCGACGGCCAGGGAGGCUUCUACUACAAAGACCACCUACCGAAGCUCGGAGAGCACGCGGAGCUGCAGCGCCAGGAGAGUGCAGACGGACACUCCUUCCAGCAGGGGGACAAGGUCAAGUGUCUCCUGGAGGUGGACAUCCUGCGACAGAUGCAGGAGGGUCACGGAGGGUGGAACCCCAAAAUGGCAGAGUACAUUUGCCGGAUCGGGACCGUUCAUAGGAUCACUGAUCGAGGAGACGUCAGAGUCCAGUACAGCAACAACAUCCGCUGGACUUUCCAUCCUGGGGCCCUCACCAAGGUGAACACUUUUGGAGUGGGUGAACUGGUGAGAGUGCUGGAGGACAUGGAGAGUGUGAAGAGACUGCAGGCCGGACAUGGAGAGUGGACAGACAGCAUGGCUCCUGUGCUCGGGCAGGUCGGGAAGGUGUUGAAAGUAUACGCAGACGGCGACCUGCGGGUGGCGUUCGGAGUUCAGACGUGGACGUUCAAUCCGGCGUGCCUCUCGGCGCAGCCCGUGGAGGUGGACGCCAACCUCAUGACGGCCGAGAACCCCAGCGAAUCUGGAAGUACUGUCAUCUCAGUGUUGGAGAAGCUGCUGUCUCAGUCCACAGAGCAGGACAACCCCGGCCGGUUGGUCAUCGAGGCAGCACACGGCAGUGCCAACAAAGUGCGGGAAUUGGUGCAGAAAUAUCCUGACAAGGUGGAUAUAAAGAACCAGGGCAAGACGGCGCUGCAGGUGGCCGCUCACCAGGGCCACAUGGAGGUGGUGAAGGCCCUGCUGCAGGCCAACAGCUCCAUCGAGGUCAAGGAUGAAGACGGAGACACAGCAUUACACUACACUGCCUUCGGCAAUCAGGCAGAGAUCGCACGGCUGCUGUUGAGCAAGGGGGCGAAUGUCAACCUCCUGAACAACUCCAUGUGCACGGCGCUCCACAUCGCUGUCAACAAGGGCUUCACUGACGUGGUGCGAGUGCUGACCGAACACUCGGCUGAUGUCAAUCUCCAGGAUUCAUACGGGGACACGCCUCUCCAUGACGCCAUCGCUAAAGAUUUCCGCAAUAUCAUCGAGAUCCUGGUUGUGGUGCCCAACAUUGACUUCACUCAGCAGAACCACAGAGGCUUCAACCUGCUGCACCACGCCGCCCUCAAAGGAAACAAACUGGCCACAGAGAAGAUCCUGGGUCGAGCACGGCAGCUGGUGGACGUUAAGAAGGAGGACGGCUUCUCCGCGGUGCAUCUGGCCUCCCUCAACAACCACAGAGACGUUGCCGAGAUCCUCAUCAAGGAGGGUCGCUGCGACAUCAAUAUCCGCAACAACCGCAACCAGACGCCGCUGCAGCUGGCGGUCACGCAGGGCCACACCGACCUGGUGCAGCUGCUGGUUGCCGAGGGCGCCGACGUCAACAUGGAGGACGAGGACGGGGACACGGCCAUGCACGUGGCCCUCCUCCGCCCGCAGCUGGCCAAUGUUAUGCUCAGCCCCACCGUGGGAACCAGCAGCACGGAGGAGAGCAGCGAGGGCUGUGCCUCCACGUCGCUCUACUGCAGGCUGAGCGCGUCGGGUCUUCUGGGGAACACGGAGCUGAGCGUCGGAGCAGCUAUGGCUUGUUUUCUAGCACAGGAAGGCGCCGACAUCAGCUACGCCAACCACAAGGGCAAGAGUCCUCUGGACCUGGUGGCAGACAGCACCAUGCUGCAGCUCAUCAAGAGCUUCUCUGAGAAGCACAGGUUGCAGCGUCUGCAGGCCAUCACAUGCGGACAGGGCCUGAGCAGCGCCAGCCUGCGGCGGGUCCACACUACGCCCAACACCAUGACCAACCUGGUUCUUCCCACGCCGCCGGGGCCCAGCGAAUGCCUCAUCUGCUCCGAGCUGGCUCUGCUGGUUCUGUUCUGCCCCUGCCAGCACAGCGUGGCCUGUGAAGAAUGCGCCCAUCGAAUGAAGAAAUGCAUCAAAUGCCAAGUUACAAUCACCAAGAAAAUUAGACAAGACCAAACAGAGGUGGAUUGCAGUCCUGGCAAUGAGAACUCGGAGCAGCACAACCUGCUGGAGCAGCUGCAGUCGCGCUACCGUCAGAUGGAGGAGCGUAUCACCUGCCCCAUCUGCAUCGACAACCACAUCAAACUGGUCUUCCAGUGCGGACACGCCUCCUGCAUCGACUGCAGCGCUGCGCUCAAGACCUGCCCCAUCUGCCGGCAGACCAUCCGCGAGCGGAUCCAGCUGUUCGUCUGAGCCUCUCUGUCCUCUCAGCUCUUCACGUCGGAGGGGAGUUUGGAGAGAAGUGAG